AUGUACCGUAACGCACCAGUUGUGCGGUGCGAACUCCUGUUGCGAUCCGUCCUACGUGACUGUGGAGAAUGGCAAGCUGGUCAUCCAACUGAGGUAUCUGGAGCAAAAGCGAAGACUACCGAAUGGAACGAGGGUGCAUGUGAACAGACGUGCUACGCAUGGUUCUCCGGCGGUGGGGUCGUAACGAGACAGCGCUACCAGUAGGGGAAUCGUCGAGGCUCCGACGACACCGAGGGGUACUCUUGUCUGCCUUUGCUUCUCUCGCUUCUCAUGCAGGUACGAUUACUUUGAGACGCGCGCGAAGAUAACAGAGGCACGCGGCUGGCACGAGGGCUUCUGGACGUCAUCCUCUGACGGAGGCAACGACCAGCAUCCCCUCUCAUCCGAACCAAGGAGCGAGUUCGACAUAUUCGAUCAUCGCGGCUAUGUGGAACCCUCAGACUUCCAUUUCAUCGUCCAGAGAUGGACGGGAGGUGGCCCUUCGCCGAGACGCGAGUGGCUGGUGGCCAAGGGAGUGCGCGGCAAAGAGCUCGACAUGUCCGAGCAGGGGAAUUCCAGCAUCCUAGCCCCAGCAGAGCAGGAUGAAGACACUGGUGGCUCAGCCUGGCGGAUCAAUACCACGUUUUCUCCCUGUGGUUUGACCACGAGCGAGCGGCAUGCUACCUGGACGGCAGUCUCCUCCACGAGAUCAAGGCCAAGACGAACAGCAGUCCGCCCGACGGGCUCUAUGAGAAGAUUCCAAAGAGCCUGUUCCACGUGUGGCUGUCGGCAAUAACAAACUUUCGAAUGAGAGGCGACAGGGUGAGCCCGGCCGGCUGUUACGGGGGCCCCGCGGGGGAGAACGAGCUAGAGUGA